AUUUUCCCCCCACAAUGCCUUGCUGUAACCCCAGUGACCUAGAACUACACAUGCUGGAUGUAACUGGUGAGAAAAACUAAGAAAACACCAUGUCUAAGGGCGUGAAAGCCGCCAAGAAAAUGGCCCAGGCUGUAGGAGGCCCUAACUUCAUCAAGGGGCUAGUGCCAGCAGGACAGGCUCUCCCAGCCCCGCCUCUGGGACCGAUCCUAGGACAGAGAGGCAUCCCCAUAGCUCAGUUUUGCAAGGAUUUUAAUGAGAAGACAAAACACAUUAAGGAGGGUGUACCAGUGCCAUGCAAGAUAACAAUAUUGCCCAAUAGGAAAUGGAACAUCGAGUUCAAACUACCUCCAGUUUCAUACUUCUUGAAGGCUGCAGCAGGUGUGGCCAAAGGGGCUCAUAGCACAGGACAUGAAGUUGGGGGAAUAGUGACUGUUAAACAUGUUUAUGAGAUUGCUAAAGUAAAAGGCCAAGAGGAACACCUGAAGCAUCUGACCCUUGAGCAGAUGUGUAAAAGCAUCAUCGGACAGGCUAGAUCAAUGGGAAUUCAGGUUGUUCACCAGUUGGAGGCAGAGGAAUAUGGUGUGUUUCUCAAGGAGCUGGCUGAGAGGAGAAAAAGGGAGGCAGAAGAGAAGGCGGCAGCUGCAGAAGAAGCACUGAAGGGCAUGAGAUCAUGACACUGGACAGAUAUUCUGAACUACUUAGAACUUCCAAUGUCACAACUGUGUUCAACUGUAUUUGAGACAACUGACUACAGGACUCCUCUGAAAUCAAGAAUAUAAUAUAGGGAUACCAAUGUUUCUUGACUGAAGGGCUGCAUACUAGUAGAUUGCAACCACUCCUUUCUGAGUACGAAAUUAUGUCUAAGAGGUCAUUGGCAGUGUUAUCUGGUCACUGGUAUAUUACUAGAAGUACAUAUACCCUUCAGUCUCUUUAUUGCAAGUACUGAAAAGCAUACUGUACAUGCAGGUGCCCAUUGUAUAAAACAGUCAUAUCCAAGAGAGUUACCAGCAAGUUUGUAAUAAGCAUGAUACUGAUAGUGAUAAUCGUUCGAUUUUACACUAUAGGUGAAAUAGGU